AUGCCAGUUGCUGGUAGGGGAAAAAAAAUGCUUCUGUCCUUUAUUCAUGCCAAUUGCUUUAAAAUUGAGCGUAGAGAUUUGUGGUCGGAAUUGGCGGCUAUUACAGUAGCUUCUCUCCCUCUGCUUGUUGUUGGUGAUUUUAAUGCGACGCUGUUGUCUAAUGAGAAAAAAGGUCCAAGGAAGUUUAAUGUUGGAUUGGCAGCAGAGUUCCAAGCAAUGGUGGAUUCUUGUAUGCUCAUUUCUACCCCUUCACAGAGUAAAAAGUAUACUUGGUCAAAUAAUCGUAGAAGGGGUAAUGUCAUGGCUGCUCUGGAUAGAAGCUUUCAUAAUGAGUUAUGGAUUGAUGAAUUCAAAAAUAUUUCUCAGAGAGAAAUAUCUGGAAAUCCAAUUUUUAUUCUUUCUCAGAAAUUGAAGCGUGUUAAGCUGUUUAUCAAGCCUUGGGGAAGAAAAAAUUUUCCCAAUAUUGAUAACGAAGUCAAAAAAGCUUCUGAUCACCUAAAUUCUGUUCAUCAAGAAAUUGAGGCUGCAGGGAUGUCAGAUGAUCUUUUUGGUCGCGAGGCUGAUGCCAAAACAGCGCUGUUGAAAGCUACCCAGCUGCAGGAUAAUCUAUGGGCUCAAAAAGCUAAGUUGAGGUGGAUGAAAGAUGGGGACAAAAAUUCAAAGUUCUUUCAUCUAUCAGUGAAAAUGCGAAGGGCUCGAAAUCAAAUCCGUACUUUGCAGAAUGCUGAUGGGGAGUGGAUGAAUGACCAGCAACAAUUAUCUUCAUAUAUUGUCAAUUAUUAUGAGGAAUUCCACAGAUUAUCUGUUACUUCUCCUCACCUGGAGCUGCUGGAUUGCAUUCCAUGCAUUAUUUCGGACGAUGAUGCUCUUUAUUUGGAGGCUGAACCAUCUUUAGAGGAAAUAAAAAAAGCUGUUUGGGAAUUAGACCCAGAUAGUUCCCCGGGACCUGAUGGCUUCUCAGGGAAUUUUUUUAGGCGGGUAUGGAGUAUUGUUGAGGUUGAUUUUUGCAAGGCUGUUUUGCACUUUUUCAGAUGGGGAAUCCUUCCAAAGGGUGUUAAUAAUUUUUUUCUCACUCUUAUCCCUAAGGUGGUGGGGGCUACUUCUCUUGACAAGUAUAGGCCAAUUUGCAUGGGAAAUUAUUUUUGCAAGGUAUUAUCAAAAAUUGUGGCAAGUAGAGUUGCAAUUUUACUGCCAAAGCUGAUUUCGGAGGAACAAGGGGCGUUCCAAAAGGGGAAGAUAAUAUCAGAAAACAUUAGCCUUGCUUCAGAAUUGGCAAAUCUGAUGCAUUCCACAGUUAGGGGAGGUGGGAUGGGGCUCAAGGUUGAUGUACAAAAAGCCUACGAUUCUCUAUCCUGGGAAUUUCUAUUUGCUGUCCUUGGGAAGUUUGGUUUUCCUAGGAAAUGGAUUUCUUGGAUUCAAGGAAUUCUUUCAUCCUCAAGGAUUUCGGUUCUAAUAAAUGGAGGUCCAGAGGGUUUUUUUGGUGUGGGUCGUGGUCUUCGUCAAGGCGAUCCGUUAUCUCCCAUUUUGUUUAUUUUAGCUGAGGAAGUGCUCUGUAGAGGAUUAAAUAAAUUGGCCUUGGAAGGAUCAAUCAAGUCGCUGCCAGGUCCAAGAGGUACCUGCACUCCAACUCACCUAUUAUUCGCGGACGAUAUUUUCAUCUUCAUGAAUGCGUCGGCGAAAUAUGUUAAAAAUUUGCAUUUAUUUUUAUCAAAGUAUCAGGACUUCUCUGGACAACAUUUUAAUCUCGACAAGAGCAAAGCUUUCUUUGGGAAGGUUGCCCCUCACAGGAAACAAUUCAUCAGUAACUUAUUGGGAAUUCAGGCCUCCAAAUUCCCUACUAGGUAUUUGGGUGUGGAAAUCUUCAAGGGAAGAGUGAAGAAAAAUCAUCUUUUACCUUUGAUGGAUAAGAUUAAAUGCAGAUUGGCUGCCUGGAAAGGGAAGCUCCUCUCGAUGGCUGGUAGGGUGGAGUUGGUUCGAUCAGUAAUCUCGAGUAUUCCUAUCCAUAAUUUUGCAGUUUAUUGGUGGCCCCAGUCCAUUAUUAAAACUGUAGAGCGAGCAAGAUUUGUUCAAAAAGAUGGCUCUCUCAGGAAGGGAUAUAAAUCUUCCUCCAUUUUGCCGGGGCUGAAAAGGGUGUGGAAAUUCGUGUCGGACAUGGAAAGAUGGACAGUGGGAAAUGGGGAAAAAAUCAUGUUUUGGACAGAUAAAUGGUUAGAAAAUUCUUCCCUGGCGGAGUCUUCUAAGUUGGAGCAGGAAAUGUUCAUAGGGAGGACUAUGCGACUGGCAGAUCUUAAUCGAAAUGGUGAGUGGUCUUUUCCAAAUGUUUCUUCGAAAUUUCUUGCUGAGACCUUUGAGAAGGCAAAAAUAAUUUCUUUAUCGUCUAUGGAGGAUAUAUGUCAUUGGAAGUUGUCAAAUUCUGGGGCAUUCUCUUUGCGAUCAGCGUGGGAGGAGAUAAGGGGGAAAAAUCAGAAAUUCCCUUGGUUUUCUAUUUUAUGGAAAUCCAAGAUUCAGCCUCGUCAAGCUGUGUUUGGUUGGAGGCUUGCUCAUAAUCGGUUACCCACGGAUGAGGAGGUGCGCAGAAGGGGUGUGAUGAUGCCUUCUAGGUGGCAGCCCCUUGAUAGAAUGGGGGAUUUUUUAGCAUGGUGGAAACGGAAAGGGAAGAAUUUUACUUUUUCAACUGUGUGGCUUUGUGGCUUUAUUUUGAUCCCAUAUGCUGUCUGGAUGGAGAGAAAUGCUAGAUAUCAUGAUGGUCCAGCUCUUCAUUAUAAACAUAUUUUUGCUCGAGUGAAAGGAGAAAUUUGUAUGAUUUCUAGUGUAUAUCUUGGGAAACCCCUUUCCAUCCCGGAUCUGAUAUGUGCUAGAAGAAUAGGAAUUCCUCGGGUAACAAGAACUCGUAGAGAAAUUAUUGAAGUUCGAUGGUGUCUCCCAUUUCCAGGAUGGAUUAAGCUAAACACUGAUGGAUGCUCCUUGGGUAAUCCAGGGAAGGCUGGAGCAGGCGGAAUUUUCAGAAACGAGAAGGGGGACAACCUUUUGAACUACAGAGAAUAUGUCGGUAUCAGAACAAAUUUUGAAGCGGAAUUUUUGGCAGUGAUCGCUGGUCUUGAACAAGCAAAGAUAAAUGGUUUUCAGCAUCUUUGGAUUGAAUGCGAUUCUACGGCUGUGGUAAUCCUUCUUUCUAAAGGUUUAGUCCCAUGGUUUGCUCUACAACGAUGGAGGAGUCUGUUAUCUUUCCUGAAUUCAAUAAAUUGGAAGGUGACGCAUUGUUACCGGGAGGCAAAUGUGAUUGCUGAUUUUUUGGCAAAGUCAUCAGCGAGAUUUGAAGUGUCGUAUCCAGUGGAAGCUUGGCCUCGGUUGGUUUCAAUGGAAUUGGAACUGGAUGCUAACCAGCGUCCAAGAUAUCGAUUUAUGAACUUAUAG